AUGGCUACAAAAGUUCGUCCAGUUCCUCCUCCUAAGCCUGCGCGAUUGUCUAUGAGUUCACAAAAGAGGAUCUCCGAAAUAAGUAGUUCUACGAGGUCGUCAACAAUAACUGUAACUGAUAUACCUUUAAGCGAAUCCCCUCCACCAGAACUAUCCGAAGAAUCAUUUAAUAUUGACGAUAGAACUCCCCGCGCUUCCGAAAUUUUCUUACCUUCACCAGAGGGUCGUCAAGCUAGGGCUUUGUACGACUUUGUGGGUGAAGUCUCUUAUAACGAAUUAUCGUUUAAAGCAGGAGAUACUAUUUGUAUAUUAAAAGAACAGCUCUCUGAAGGAUGGUCCUUAGCUGAAAAGGAUGGUAUAACAGGACUAGUUCCAGAAUCAUAUAUUACAUACACGACAGAAUUCACCGAAGUUUUGAAUUCUGAAGUAUUAUCGAGUUCAUUAUCAAGUCAUUCAGAUCGUGAUUCGAUAAAUAUAGGUGGAAAUAAUCAUCAUUCAAAGAACGAAUCCAUAACUGGAUCGAUUUAUGGUUCAUUAAGUGGAUAUGGUUCAUUAAGUGGAUCAACACGGAGUAAAACGCUUUUAGGAGGAAGACAACUAAAUCGAUUCAGUUGGUUUGUGACAACUGGUGUUGAAGAGUUCAUCCUCAAUGGUGGAAAUAUGGAAGGAAUUUCUUCAAAGCAGACAGAAGAUGGAGAAAAUAAUGAAAAUGGGGAAGUAACCGAAUCUGAUAAACAUUUUAUCCAGAGUGGCCCAAAUUGGAAUGAGAAAGCUCCAAUUUUUAAAGUUAUGGUUCAUAGUCCUGAAAAGAGAGUCAAACUUGGAGGAGGUGUUCAGGUUACAGUUGAAAGACGGUUUAGCCAGUUUGAAUGGUUAUACAAUCGUUUGGUCGUUAAAUUCGGUGCUUUAGUAUUGCCACCUCUUCCCGAAAAACAAUAUACUGGUCGUUUUAAUGAGGAAUUCAUAGAAAAGCGUCGUUCUGCGUUGGAAAGGUUUAUUAAUCGUUUAGCUCGUCAUCCAGUAAUUAGAUAUUCUGAUAUCUUAACUCAUUUCUUGAGUUGUAAUGAUGACUUACAAGAAAAGGAAUUUGAUUCUGAUAAAAUUGUUGGUCAUUCAUUCUUUCAGCAUGUUUAUCACCCAGAAUUUAAUCGAUUCGCGGCUCAUGCUCGGGCAAUGGAAAAAUCAAUGCCAUGGAUAAAUGAAGCAUCUCAAGCACAUAAGGAUUCUUUAAACGAAAUGCAAAAUCAAUAUCGUCGAGUAAGUUAUGCAUUGCUUAAAUUAAUUACUGGUUAUGAUGCUGGAGAAGAUUGUGAAUGUAUAAACGAUGAAGGAGCUUGGUGUUGGAGGGAUGGAUGUAAUGUUUGUUUAAGUCUUACUAAAGCAAUUCAAUCCACCGCCGAAAGUAUGCAAGUGAUAGCGGACAUGUAUGAUUCUCACAAAAAAGAAGUUAUUAUUCCUUGGAUUGAAAAUUUCAAAGAGUAUAAUCAACCAGCUACUAAUUGCGAGCAACUAAUUGAUAUGCAUGCAGGAGCAUAUAAAAAAUACAAAGAUGUCUCUGAUGAAGAUAUAAGUCAAGAUCAAUCAGAGGACACAGACAUUGAAGCCAUAAGAUCACGUUGUGAUACUGUAUUCAAUGUAACUCUUUCUGAAGUAAAUAGAAUUCAUGAUGAACAACUUCGUCAAGCACGGGCUAACUUCGAUGAACCUCAUUAUUCAGCUCUGUCACAAACACCACGAACUCCAAGUCAAUACAAUGCUUCAAUCGAUGAACAACGACCUUCUAUUUCACGUCCUGUUUCAAUUGUAUCUGUCGGAUCGAUGUCUGGCAUGGUUGGUGGAGUUGUUGAUGGCGUAGGAAGCAUGGGAAGUUUCUUAAAAAAGACAGCUAGAACUUCUAUUGGAAGCAGUUCAAUGUUUGAUUCCUGGUGGGGAAGAGGCUAA